AUGCCGAAGGAAGACACUCUUCCGAGGUGCCAAGCACCUGCCGAAACUCCCGACCGCCCAAGCUCACAAACUGCUAAACCUAAUUCUCAUGACACGUGUCACCACCGCGGCGACUUGCACAAAGUCCCACAUCGGAAAUCUACACCAACCUCCCACUUUCACUUCCUUAUAAAAAGGGAACAGUACCCUAGUAAGAGGGGAACUACUUUUCUGCCUUUUACUAUUACUCUGCAAAAGUUACCCUUCUUAGCUGACUUAAGCAUCGAAGAGCCUUCGGCCGGCACCACACCGGUGCCCGGAGCUUAA